CUUGAAGGUACUCACAUGGCCAGAACAAGGCUUCACGACCUUCCGGAAAUAGGCUAUAAAGUGAUUUCUGUUAUUCCUGAAAAUGAAGACCAGAUUGAAGAUUUCACACAAAUUGCAAGUGUCAGACGUUUAGAGCUGGAAGUAUGGGGAGUUCCUAAAUUGAACCAGGAGCUCUCGGUUCUUGUUCCGCCGGAAAGUUUGUCACGUUUUUUGAUGGAACUGUCUGCAUCAAACAUCAAUUACUAUAUCAAGGUUGACAACUUAGAAAGCUUAAUCGACCAAGAAGCAAGAGGGAAUGAGAUGAAAAAAAUGGCGAAAAUGUUGUUUUCUUCACCACAGCAAUAUAUUGUUAACACAUAUGCAAGGCACGACGAGAUCAAUAACUAUCUGGACAUGAUGGUAGAGCAGUACAGCCCUCUGGCGUCCAUUUUCACCGUUGGAACGUCACACGAGGGAAGACUUAUGAAGGGAAUCAAGAUUGGGGGCCAGUCGUCUGGUAACAAGCCUGCAAUAUGGAUAGACGCCGGUAUCCACGCACGAGAAUGGAUUGCACCAGCCACCGCGGUCUACAUCAUCAACGAGCUGCUGAGUUCCUACGAAUCCAAUGAACUUGUACAAAGCAUGGUGGACACAUUUGACUGGUACAUCCUCCCCGUGGUCAACCCUGACGGCUAUGAGUACUCACACACAACGGACCGCCUGUGGCGCAAGAACAGGAGUGGCGACGAUGCUGACUGCAACUGUGACGUAAAUAAUGAUCGUAAAUGCCGCAAGAGGGCACCAUGUUGCGGAACCGAUUUGAACAGAAACUUUGGAUACAUGUGGGACCCACCGGUAGUUGCCAGUGAUAACAAAUGUGAGUCCAUAUUCCGAGGACGAGCAGCAUUCUCUGAAAUCGAGGCUGCGAACGUCAGGGACUUCCUGUCUGAUCCCACUCGCAACUUCCAGGUCUACGUCACGCUUCAUUCGUAUGGCCAACAGUGGCUUCUUACCUGGGGAUACACCACUGAUGUCCGUCCUGACGACUACGAUGACCAGAUGAGAGUCGCAACCAUUGGAGCCAACGCCCUCAAAGCCACCAAUGGACUAGAUUUCUGGGAAGUCGGCACCUCUGGUGAUCUCUUAUAUAGCACCUCAGGUGCCUCAGACGACUGGGCAAAAGGUGGCGCUGGCAUCAAGUACGCCUUCACUCUGGAACUCCGUCCAAGCAGCGACAGGGUAGGUUUUGUACUGCCACCCGACCAAAUAGACGAGAGCGGUAGUGAAAUGUUUGCCGCCAUGAUGGCCGUGGCUGAGGAAGUGGCAAAGGAAACAUGAUAAUUUGUUGCAAACU